GACUAGAGGGAAGGGGUAUUUUUAGUGUGUAUAUAGUAAGACGUUGGUGCUUACCGUCCAGAUGGCAGGAUGUAUCGAAGGUGGUUAUUUUCGUUUAUACCGGGUCAUGACUCUAACCUUUUCUUGUCAUUGACAGUGCUGACUUUUAUCGUUGUAUGUUGUGAGGUGGCACGCCGGUUUACACGGAAAGCCCUAGCUCCUCAUGCUCCGGUGUGCACGGACGCUGUCAUAGAGUUCAUCUCCACUUUUCAGCUUUGCGCUUGCAGUCAUGAGCUGCGCUUACUUUCUGAUAACAGCGUGGUGGAUUUGACUGUUGGCUUAAGUCUUAUUUAUAUUAUUACUGUUGUGCACGGACUCACGUUUGAUGGGGCAUUGUGUAACCCAACGUGGGCACUUGAACGGACCUUCCAGUGCCCGGGGUCAUGGAAGAUAGUCACGCUGAAACUUGCCUGCCAGUUUGCUGCAGCGGUAGCCGGUAGGGUCGGUACAGAGGUUAUUUGGUCCUGGGGGCUGUCCGAGUUGCACCAGAAACAUCUCUUGCAUAAGUUUAAGUGCUGGAGUGGACUGCACACAACUGUGCUUCAAGGGGCUGCAGUGGAGCUGGCGUGCACCUUUACUCUCCACGCCACUGUCAUGCACCUUCUGCACUUUGAAACCAAAUACAGAGUUCAUUUCGUGGCUGCAAUCAUCGCUGUCCUUGUUUAUGCAGGUGGGAGUCGUACAGGAGCUGCUAUUAACCCUGCAUUGGCAUAUUCUCUGUUCUUUCAUUGCACUGGAAAUUCAUUUCAGGAGUAUGUCUUUGUAUACUGGGUAGGACCAGUGCUGGGUAUGGUGUUUGCUGUAAUGCUUUUGGACAGAGUCCGUCCUCAACUCUCCAAGCAACAUGGAAAACAGCAAGCUACUCUAUCUGUAAAUAGACCUGACAAUAAAACUGAUUAGUGCCUGGAACGUGCGCGGAAAAAAGGGCAAGCAUGACACUGGCUUCAAAGACAGUCACAUUUAUUGACUUUGCGUCAAAAUGACAGUAUAAUUUUAGGUUAUUUUUGACUGCUACAACUCCUUUUUAAUGAGGGUUUUGCUGUGUAGUUGUACAUUUGUGAUUAUGCCUGCAUAUUUGCAGGAUGUUUUGUUCUGUUUUCUUGUCAAUUCUCCAUGACCCCCCCCCCCCCCGGAGGCCGUCGUGAAGUGUUUUGUGCUUUUGUACAAGUUUUGUUUCUGCCAUUGCUGCCACCUCCUCUGUCAUGUGACAGGCUUGUGGUUCCUGCAUCUGAUCUAAUGAGGGAGUAACUGGAACCAUCUACCAACAGGAGUCUUAACUGAUUUUAAAAGGGAGAAUGUUUGCUAUUUUUGAAUCUUAUUCUUCCAGACAUUCUUCCAUGAUUGUUUACUUUGGCAUUUGAUUCACAAUUGAAAUGUCGAUUACAGGUUCGUAAAAAAACGUGCUUAAUUUCAUAUUUUAUUUCCAUUUGAUCUCUGGUCAUAAUAGAAUGAACAAUAUAGGCAAUGUAGAGGUUUUUUCCUUCAUAAUCCAAAUCUCCAUCCGAUUGAUUUUUUUUUGUUUAAAUUUUCUGUAAAACGGUAUUGCUUUUAUUUAUUUAUUUUUUUUUACUUUUAGAAUUAAAAAUAAAAUUGGAACAGGGAAACAGUUAAAACAGUCAAGCCUGCUUUGUUGUACAUAAUGCAAAAUUUUGAUGCAAGUUAUACUAAGGUGCUGGUAUUUCAUUACAAUAGCCUAUAUCCCUAAAUGCUAGUAUCUACUUAGUAAAAGUGCCUGUCACUGUCUAAUGUUUUACUAAAGAUGCUGAAGUCUUAGCUUUAUGGAUGUGCUGUCUCACAGUGCCAUGAGACAAAAACAAAAAUGCUUGCCAGAGUACAAAUGGGUGUUUGUUAAAAAAAUAAAGUCAACAGUAAUCUUUGAAUAGUGUGUGUGUGCGUGUUUGUGUGUGCGUGUUUGUGUGUGUGUGUGUGUGGGUUGCUUCUCUGCAUAUGCAAGUAUUACUUCAUAAACAACAUCCCUACACCCCCUGCUAAUUAUGUGUACUAAUUCCGAGAUGUCACAAUCCCCAGGAAAAGGGAAUAUUCCCCAGCCAGGGAUUGUUGAUCUCCCACACCUGUCGACUAUCCCUAUAAUUCAUGAAAUGCGGUCGAUUAUACAGAUGUUGACCAAACCAAUGGAGCCCAUAUAUAGGUAUUCAGUACUGCAUACAGAAUGUUAUCUCAGCCUGGGAAAAGGAAAUAUGUCAUCAUUACCAUAUAGAUGUGAUUACUGCAUGUAACCCAUUUCUAUGAAUUGUGUUUCUGUUGGAGCAAACUUGAAGCUUUAAUAUUCAUUUUGCCACCUGCUUUGAAACAUUCCUUUGUUGUUUCACUGAUAUAUUGUUUAAUGUUUUGCUUGCUAUUGGGUACAGCUGUUAAUUCUGUUUUAAAAAAAGAAAACAAAACAGUGUGUGGGUCUUUUUGUUUAUGAAUAUAGUGCAUGUAUGUCUGUCUGCUGUAAACCACGUUACUAGGACAUAAUGGAAACUAGUAGCAUAAUAACACAGAGUACUGCUGAAGAGACAUACAGAGCCACAUUUCUACCACUGAGUUGUUCUGACUCCUGAUUUUGAGGACAAAGCUGUUGAAACUGCUGGAAAUUUAGAUCCUCAGUGUAAAUAAAACACUUUUCUCCUAAUACCUCCUUA